CUUGGAAGAGCAGUCUCUUGGAGUUCCGUCUUGAAUCGUCAAGCCAGGCAUGUUGACACCAUUGGCUCCCUUGACCUCGGUGACCACGCCGUGGGCCGAAACGCAGGCCGCAAAUGCGGCAACGAUGGUGAAAGACUGCGAGAUAUACAUUUUGAAUUAGGAUAUUAAUUCGAGAUCAACUCGGUAUUGAAAGGCAGGACGGAUGGAAAAGAGAAAGCGAGAAGCGAAGAGCACCAGGCCGAAGAAGAGAGGAAUAGACAAGAAAGCUGAAGAAGUUGAUUGCUGGUUAUGGUCAGAUAUGUCGCCAUGGACACUGCCUCUUAUACUCUUCUUUCGCUCCAGCUAAACCUUAGCUACAGUUCAGCCUUACAGCCAAUUACCAUUUUUGGCACUCUCGGAACAGUCAGUCUACCACAGCGGAAUGUCAGAUCGUCAUGGGUGCAACCCGGAAUCUGCUUCAGAGAUGCCUCUUCCAAAGCCCAGUCCACGAGACCAAACGUGCUUGGCUACGAGCAAGCGUUUCCCUCCAGCGCUUGGCUAUCGCGGAAGGCCAGUCCCCAGGCCUUGACAGGUGCCAAUGUUCGCGCACUUGGUUUCAUUCUAAACCUAGCGAAGGUGGGUUGGAGGCGCCAAGGCGCAAACCUUCAAUGCGAUGGUGCCGAAACGCAACAUCGAAGGUCGGAUCUUGGACAGUCCGGGUAGGUUAAGCCUUUUGGGGGGGCCUGAAUAAUACUCAACACCGGAUACUUUGAACUUGACUUUCACGAAGCAAGUUUCCUCUAGUUUGAGUUGCUGCUGUAUAAGUUGAUUCCAACACUAUCCACGUCGUCUCCUAAUUUCACGAUGCAUCUUGCAAAGCUGUCUAUUAAUAGCCCAUACUUCCUCUGCAACCCCGUCAGAUCAAAUCGAAGCCAAG